CGGCAGCACAAACACAACAGCAACCCGUCCCCUCCUAAGCACCAGCCUUCUACCUCCUCUGCUCUGCGUUCCUCCUUCCGGUCACAAGAGCAAUCGAUGGCUGCCAUGAAGGCCGCCCUCCUUGCCGUGGCCGCCAUGGCCGCCUUACUAGGCGCCGCGUCAGCGGCAACCUACACCGUGGGCGAGCCGGGCGGUUCGUGGACCUUGGACACCGACUACAGCAAAUGGGUGUCCGACAAGAAGUUCAACGUGGGCGAUGAGAUCGUCUUCAAGUACACGACCCCGACGCACGACGUGGUCGAGGUCAGCAAGGCCGGCUACGACUCCUGCAGCACCGACGGCUCCAUCAAACCCUUAAACUCCGGCAACGACGUCGUCCGCCUAACCGCCGCCGGCACCCGCUACUUCAUCUGCGGCAUCCCUACCCACUGCAACCCCGCCGCCGCCGCCAGCAUGAAGGUCGUGAUCGAGGUCGGGUCGGGCUCCUCCUCGCCGUCGUCACCCAUGCCAGCUGCAGGUCCUGGCGCAAGCAACUCUCCCCCGGCGCCGCCCUCUUCUGCCGCUACCUCUGUCGGGGCAACAGCAGGAUUUGGCCUCGUCGCCCUACUGGCGGCCGGUCUCAUGGCUUGAACGCAUAUGUUGAUCAGCUGCUGCGCACACAUAUGAGCUUAUAUAUUGUUGUUAUUAUCACGGGUGAAUACAUGUAUUCUUUUUUAGAGUGAGAAUGUGAUAGUUACUUGUACCUAUCUCGUUUAUAUGUAAUCUGCAGGCCUUCAUGUCUUUGAUAUAAUGAUCCUAGAGGAUUAUUUUA